GGCGGCGGCGGGAGCGGGAGCGGGAGCGGGCGGAGCUCAGCGCCAGCCCCGGCCCCGCGCCGGCCCCACUCCGGCCCCGCACUCACCCGCCUGCCCGCCGGAGCCACCGGAGACCUGGCGACCGUGUGCUUCGAUUCUCUGAAGAUGGCUGCACAGUCAGCACCGAAGGUCGUGCUAAAGAGCACCACCAAGAUGUCUCUGAACGAGCGCUUCACUAACAUGCUGAAGAACAAACAGCCGAUGCCGGUGAAUAUCCGGGCCACCAUGCAGCAGCAGCAGCUGGCCAGCGCCCGAAACAGACGCCUGGCCCAGCAGAUGGAGAACAGACCGUCUGUGCAGGCCGCUCUGAAGCUCAAACAGAGCUUGAAGCAACGCCUCGGCAAGAGCAACAUCCAGGCGCGGCUGGGCCGGCCGGCGGGGACGCUGGCCCGCGGAGCCCUGGGGGGCCGGGGCCUGGCCCUGGGACAGCGGGGGAUGCCCCGGGGGGCCCUGCGGGGCCGCGGCGCCCGGGCCAUGAUCCGAGGAGGGGUCGCGCUCCGAGGUCAAGCCCUGCUCCGCGGCGGGAGAGGGAUUGCCCCCCGGAUGGGCCUGCGGAGAGGCGGGAUCAGGGGCCGCGGGGGCCCGGGAAGAGGCGGCCUGGGCCGGGGUGCCAUGGGCCGGGGAGGGAUCGGCGGCAGAGGUGAGUGCCCGGGGCUUCGGGAACAACAGGAAUUCAGCUGGAAUCCUUUCCUGGUUAAGGCUGGGGCGUGGAACCUGCAGUACCAAAAAUUCCCAGCCUGGAAUAAAAACCAAUUAUCCAAAACUUGGUUAUUUUUAAAACAGACAUGGAGUAGGGGUGUGAGGGGGGAAACGCAGGAGCCAGAUGUUGGGGGGGGGGGGGUGUUGAUCUUACAGCCAGAUGUUGGUGUUGCGCUGGGAUUGAGGAAUUCUCGGGAAGCUCCUGAUCAGUUUGAGUGGCAGUUCUUGGUCUGAGAAAGAGCUGGGAGCGAACAUCUGUUUGAGCAUCUGCACCGACUCGGGAGCACCUCAUGGAGCCGAGCAGGGUGGGAAAUGCUGGGAUGGAGGGAGUGACGUGUUUUCCAUCCAUCCAUCCAUCCAUCC